UUUAUAUAGGCUAGGAGCGCACCCUGGAAAUGUACUGCACCUUUCAGUGGCUCUCUAGCGUGGGUUGUAGGGGGCAAAUUGAGUGUUUGUGGGUGGUGUAGAAAGGAUUCAAGCAUCUUCAGUUACAGGGCUUUUCCUUGUCAGUGAAAAUGGCCAGAAUUCUACAACUAGUCCCAUGGCUUUUGAUGGUGGCUGUUGGGAUUUCUGCUCAGAAAAGUUUCAAGCAAAUAACUGGCCUGAAGUCUCAUUGCCUUGGAAAUGUCUUAAGGUUGACCAUAGAUAAAUCCCUUGGCUUUGGAAGCCACCUGGAAGUGGAUGCCAUCAAUGGCAGUCAGUUUAUCCCCAUCACACCCAGCCUGGCAUCUAAGUGUGGCUACCGUGUGGAGUCUGACCCCUGGGGCAACGUGAAACUGUUUGCCUCAGUCCUGAGCUGCCACACUAAUAAUCAGGACGAUGAGGUUUUUGAACUAGGACUGCGUCUUCGAAUGCAUGAUGAGCAUAAAUCUGAGGAGGACACGCACAAGGUGACCAAGACCUGCAACUACAACCGAUGGGCUGCUCGUGAGAUCCUGUGUGACAAAAACUACAUGGAGGUGUCAGUGAACAGGUUGCCACCACCGAUUGACCUAGCUGUUGAGCAGACCAUGCUUGAAGAUCAGUGGGCUGCUGCAGUUCCUGAUGCUGUGACCUCUGAGAACAACAUAUGGCGAAUGGUUUUCUUCACCCCAAAAGAGAAGUCCAUGCCGUUGGCUGACGCUCAAAGGGCUGGCUAUGGUAUCGCAACAACCCCAUCGAGACUGCUCAUCCGAAGCCCUUAUGACACAACUGAGGUUUACUCUGAAAAUGUUGCUAGUGUGUCAAUGAAGGUGCUGAAGGCUACCACAUAUUUCAAGGACCUGUGGUCUGUCACCAUGCUUGACACUGCUGCAGCUUGUCCUACUGAUGGUGUUGUCUUCACGGAGGAAACGAUGACCUGGUAUGUGCCUCGCCACAUCUACCCACUACUUGCAUCGAAUACCUGUGAGACGCUGGAGUUGCACAUGGGCAUUGAUGGCGAGCGACUUGAUGAAUCACAGAUGGCCAGCAGGGGAUACACCAUGUCUGUGACUAAUUCCCACUUUGUCAUUGAACUGCCUGUGGGUGGACCUGAUGGUUACUACAAGAGCUAUGCUCCUGAGUAUCAGUACCAUAUCUCUUACUAUAUUGAGGCCAUGAUUGAGGUGGUGUGGAAGGAGGCUGACUCUGACCAGCUCACCAGAUAUAAGGUCUUGUAUCCGAUCACCACCCCUAUGAUGCCUAGACCUCCACACGUGACUGACAAUACUGUGCCUGAGGAACGGGUCUUUGAUGUGCUUUUGGGUACCUUCCUUCCUGAUGUGAUGCUGAUGAACAUGACCUUUGCCACUGUUGUACUGACUGUUGCCGAAGCCAAUGCAAGAGGCUUCAAUGUCCAAGAGAAACGCUUCCCCCAUGGUUACAAAGGCUUCAGUCUUCAAGUGCCCUUCUCUGACUCUGUGGUCCUGAAGAGUAAUCCUGAUCGGGAGUUCACGACCUACACCCUUCCUUUGAGCUUUGGCCUGGUUGUCCUACCUGAGCAAUCCCCAUUCUCUCAUCCAGCUGUGCUGGAAGCAACACUUCAUGACGUUGUGCUCCCUGUCGUAACCGGAACUUGUGAUGACGAAAGCUACUAUGUCACCGUGGCCUAUGGAAGUCAUGGCAGUGACUUUAAAACCAUUGUGGGCAAGCGGGAGCUGACCUCUGACCUAGCAACGAAGUACAAUGUCCGUGAGAAUGCUACACACAUGACCAUGAGUGUGCCCUUCCUCUCAUCUGAUGCUGUAUUUACGUUUGUACUUUCAUCUGCUGCUGGGGGUCGGCUGGACUUGAAGGUCAUCGACCCACUCAAUAAUUGGAGCCUCAACAACUUCUCUCUGGCCUGUACCUUUCCUAUGCCUCUGACUGAGUGUCACCCUAAUGGCACAAUGAUUGUCCUGGCCCUGAAGGUUGAGUCGGUGCCUAAUCUUAUUCUCAGUCAGCUCACCCUAAAGGACCCAUCGUGCAAACCCAUGUUCAGCAGCGAUCAAUUUGCCUCCUUCUCUUUCCCUGUUAACAGCUGCGGAACAACCCGAACAUUCUUGGAUGGCUUCAUGGUCUAUCAGAAUGAGAUCACCAUGUCUAAGCAAGGAGGUGUGAAGAAUGUCAAGACCACUUCCCACCCAGAGUACCGACUAACCAUCUCCUGUUACUAUGAGAACGAUGACUUCAAGAUGCUGCAGUUUCUCCCAGAGGAUCGCUCCUUUGACCGCCCUCCCCAGCCUGCCUUUGGGGAGAUGAGGGUCCGCAUGAGGCUGGCAACUGAUGUGUCCUACAACACGUUUUACACCGAAGAGGAUUAUCCUGUGGUGGAGGCCUUGAGGCGUCCCCUUUACUUUGAGGUUGAGUUGUUAGAGUCCACAGAUCCACAACUUGUGCUGUUCCUGGAGAGCUGCUGGGCAACCCUGGAAAAGGAGAGGCUGUCCACGCCACGAUGGGACAUCAUUGUUGAUGGGUGUGCAAACCACGAUGAUCGUUAUUUACCAAGCAUUCAUCCUGUAACUGCUGAUGGCAGAGUCCAGUUCCCUUCCCACUUCAAACGCUUUGACAUGAAGAUGUUUGCUUUUGUCCAAGAUAAUGUGGUGCUGAAAGACCAGAUUUUCAUUCACUGUGACACUGCCAUCUGUGACGACAACAAACAAAGUGAUGGACUCUGCUAUAGACGAUGUCCUAGUUCCCCUGAAAAUGUCAAUGAGCUGAGCAGCGUUAAGAGCAGCCAAAGCAGUGCAAAGUAUUCUCCCAAGUCAAGAGCACAGCUCUCUUCAGGUCGCAUCAUGCUGUCAUCGUGAUACAACCUUGUUAUGCAAAUAAAAGGAUUCUGUUAAAAACAAA